UUUAUGGUAUUCCCCCCCCAUUGCCGCUGCCGUCCUACCUGUUCCUCUGUCCAGUCUGCAGUCUCUGAUCAUCUCCUGUAGUUUGUCCGCAGUCUCUGAUUAUCUCAUGUUAUAUGUCUGCAGUCUCUGGUUAUCUCCUGUACAUGUACAAUGUCUGCAGUCUCUGGUCAUCUCCUGUACUGUGUCCACAGUCUCUGGUUAUCUCCUGUAGUAUGUCCGCAGUCUCUGGUCAUCUCCUGUACUGUGUCCGCAGUCUCUGGUCAUUUCCUGUACAAUGUCCACAGUCUCUGGUCAUCUCCUGUACUAUGUCUGCAGUCUCUGGUCAUCUCCUGUACUAUGUCUGCAGUCUCUGGUCAUCUCCUGUACUAUGUCUGCAGUCUUUGGUCAUCUCUUGUACUAUGUCCGCAGUCUCUGGUCAUCUUCUGUAGUAUGUCCGCAGUCUCUGGUAAUCUCCUGUAGUAUGUCUGCAGUCUCGGUCAUCUCCUGUACUAUGUCUGCAGUCUCUGGUCAUCUGUACUAUGUCCGCAGUCUCUGGUGAUCUCCUGUACUAUGUCCGCAGUCUCUGGUCAUCUCCUG